GCGCAUUGUCUGAUUAUCCCUUUUGAGAGCGCUCUGCCAGGCAAGUCUCGAUCAGGGCAUGUGCAUUUCCUGGACAGGACAGUAGCACAGCUAGACCUGUCUGGUCUUUGCUCGGUUUACUGGAGACACAGAGUGGUGUGACAGGGAGCUGUGGGAGGGCAGGUGAGUAUCGCUUUGGCAGGCAGAGAGGUGGCGGUGCUCCCUGAUGGUCGAUAUCAGUCGGGAUUAGACCUCCGCGUUCGUGGCUGCCCCUGUCUGGUGCUCAGACCGCGAGGCCAUGUGUCUGUCAGGCUCUAGCAGUUUGUAGCUGGGGUGAGAUGUAUGCGUGGGACUCUUCAGACUGCAGCCUUAGCUUUGGAGGUGAUGGGCCUCAUUUUCAAAAGCAGGUGCCAGAGUUUUGCCCGCUGAAUGUCCAGGCAGACCAGCUGCAAAGCCCACAGGUCUACUUGUGCCCAUGCAGCAGCUCCCUGUGCGGGAACAUUCUGCCCCAAGUGUCACUUGUUACCCAGGGUGGAGAAGGGCUUGAAACAAAACUGUUUUUCGAAGGGUUUGGGGUCACAGUUGCGGCCUGCCGGUCUGAACCAGGCCCCUUUUCAGCAGCGCCAGCCGCCACAGUUAGAUAAGUAGCUACUUCCACAGAAUCUUUUCCUAUUUGCACCUCUAGAGGGGGCCCCUCACCAGAGAAUGAAAAUCUGGAACCAGAAUCCGAGCUAGACAGGCCGUGAUUGUGCCGAAGGGCUGUGCUUCAUAUUCACCCCAUCCACUGGAGCCAGUGGGUUUUACCCCAGCCACGGAUGACCCAGUGUGAAGUUCUUAAAGCAAAACGUUCCCGAGUCUCCAGAUAGCCUCGCAAAAGGAGACCUUUUUGUUUGUAUCUGGCUAACUGAUUCAUCACACACACAUCUCUGAGUAACUUCCCUCCUCAAGGAUCAGGUGUUAGCACAGGGUUUGAGAGCAGUGUGGUUACGGGGCAGUUAAAUCUAACUUAGACUGAGGGCUUUUUGAAACAAACAAAUAAAACACCCACCUUAGUCUGAGUAGAUUUUGUCAGACUUUGAUAAUGCUUAGUCCUGCCAUGAGUGCAGAGGACUGGGCUAGAUGACCUCUUGAGGUCCCUGCCAGUCCUGCGAUUUUAUGAUUCUUAAUUUCAAUGCACAUAGUUAUGGGAGGGAUGUAGGGCUUGAUCGUUUGCUGGUGCUGUUCCCCCAAAGUGUAAAGCACAUGCUUAACUUUGAGCAUGAGAGUAAUCCCUUACAGUUAAGCAUGUGCUUCAAUGUUGAGCUGGAUCAGGGCCAGACUGCUCAGCAAUUUGCAAGAUCAGGCCCCUAAACUUUCCCCUAAAUUGUUGUGUCAAGGGCUGUGAUGCUUUUGUGAAAACCUCCACACCCUCUUGUCAUUCAGUUAAAAAAAACACAUAAGAGAAUUGUUAUUAAUAUGAGGCCAGAUCCUCAUCUGGGUUAAAUCUGUAUAGCUCCAUUGGCUCCCUGGAUCUGGUCCAUUACGCCUGCUACACUGCCCUGCUCUUGAAUCCUAUGUUCCAAGCUUUGAUUUGACGCAUUCCUCUAACAUCUAGUGCUUUAAAACCCUAACAAUAUAGACAGAGGAAAAAGAUUCCAGCUGGGAUUUUCAGAGGAGACUAAGUUAGAGACCUAGGUCCCCUUGCAUGUAGGGCUCCAAACGCCAAUCGAAAACAAAACAGAUCUCGUGUAAGAGCUGUCCCCUCCAAAAUGUGCAACGCGUCUUCCCUACAGUGCUACACAUCAGUCAGCAAAAAUAGCAAUAAUCAUAACGAACACAGGAAGCCACCCAGUUGGUGAAGAGCUCUGGACAAGGAGAACUGCGAAGCCAUGACUGCCUGAAAUCCCAGACUGACUCUCGCUAACCCUUGGGAAAAGCUUCCGUUCCCUCCCCCAGAAGGUGCCAGAGUCUCGUCACCCAUCGCAGAGGCAGCUGCAGGCAAAUCCGAGCUCUCUUGGGAAUAGGAUACUUUUCUUUUAAUUGCUGGUAACGAAACUAAAAGUAGCCAAGUGCUGUCUUCAUGCGGGGCGAAAGCUGCUGGUUGCCCUACUGGGUGGUGACCAAAGGCUGUUCGGAAACCUACACAGCAUGGUCCUAUCCUUGUUGGGCCCUGUGGGAACGUACAAGGGUACAAGCUAUGGGCCCGGUUUUCAUUUACACGAUGGCUGCUCUAGCAGUGUGCGAAGUGUACCGUCUUCCCAGCACAGUGUGAAGUGGCCUUAGUGUAAAUGCUAAUGGCUAACACUGAGUAUGAGGAAACGCUUGACAAUGGUGGGCCUGUUUCUGCCCUUGGAUAUGGAUUCUCAGCUCCCACUCUAUUCGGUCGGGGUUGUGCCUGGGGGCGGAAUAAUGCCUGUGAAAUGCACUAGGUUGUUAAUUCUCCACCAAGGGAAGUUACGGAAGCCCCAUCGCUUGCGUUAUCUGAAGAUGGAAUGGACAGAAUUUUGAAGGAUCUGGUGUGAAACAACCCAGCCUUGGCGGAGGAGGGAGAGACUAAACAGCACCUCUGCUAACAGACCUCUUCCCUCUCAAAGCCCUGGGAGAACCAAUAUGUGCCAAAUCGUCACUGCUGGUCACCAAGCCCCUGGGCCAGGCAGUCCCUAAUGGUCAUUAGCUGGCUCAUUAAAGCCUUGCUCCAUGUAGAUCUGUGUCCAUGUGCAUCCAGGAGACAGACGUUCUCCUUGUGUGGCACGUGAAGCUCUUCUGUCGCCCUGGGCCCUGAGUUGUUUUAGUUUUAUUGCAAUAACGGCUCGAUGCUGCAUGGAGCCCGGCCCAUUGCGCUGUGUGCUGCUCACACAUGUAGUGAAAGACAUUUCUGCCCCAAGGCGCUUACAUCUGAAUAGCCAAGAGCAAGGGAGGAAGAGGAACCUGCCCGGCUGGGGCAGCAGGGAAUAAAGCCUAGGUCUCCUCUCUGUGGCAGCAUGCUGCCUCCAUGCUUUUGUAUCGGCAAAACGGAGGGCGAUAUUUACCUCGAGGGGGUCACCUCCCCAGACAUCCGAUUUUGCUCACUGUCGUUUUCCUUUCAAAAAUUCUAAGUUAACUCAUCGAUUCCUUGUCAUUUCCAUUUACACCACUGCUGAGCCGCCCGGAACCGAGCCCUGAAUCUUCCGCUACAAAAACUUCAUUUCCCUACCUAAUUACCCCAUGUGCCCUCCUUCCCCCAGUAAAUCCGUGCAGGUAUAUUCUAGCUACACCUAUCUAAAUCUCAGACACAUGCAGAGUAGCAUUGUUGACAGAACUGCCCCUUCUAGCGUGUGUUGUCUGACUACUGAGGUCAAGCUCCUGCAGUGACUUUCUUUGUUUAAUAACUUUUUAUUAUCUUCCCACCAGUAGCACAUUCAUGGCUGAGUGCAUAAAACUGAUUUAACCCAUUGGAACUACUCAGCGUUGGGUUUAUAUAUUUACCUAACAAUACAUUUGCCUACUCUAUUAAAAAGAACUCUAAGCUUUGGCUUUUAAGCAGAUGCAGUAAUGAUACAAACUCGAAUUCUCGUGUCAUUACGCUCUGGAGACGGUAAAAGCAGAAGACCAGUUGGUCCUACUUGCUCAUCUUCUUUGGUCCAGUUCAGACUUGGCCCCAUCCUGCAGUACGCGGUGGUGUGGCUUGGCCACUUUACUUCAAAAAUCCCAAAGCCUUUGGUUUUCCCUGCACUUCCCUUGGGGAGCCCAUUUUACAGCCUGCUACAUCUUGCUAGCAGAGAUGUUCCCUGAUUUUCUCCUACUUAUUUUCCAGUCGUGCACUCGUUAAGGCUCCUCUUAACCCAUUCCUGUCUGUCCUGGGUCCUGAGCCUGUAAACCCGGACGUGAAAAUGCUCGUUGGGGUUACUCAUGUGAGUAAGGGCUUGUAGCAUCAGCCUUUGGUGCAACCUCUGCUUGUCCCUUCUCAGUCAUUGUUGAGCCAAGCUAGGGAAGGGGCCUUGAGAGGUCAUCUAAUCCAGCCCCCUGUGCAGGGGCAGGACCAAGUAACCUAAAUCAUCCCUGACAAGUGUUUAUCCAGCCUAUUUUUAAAAACCUCUAGUGAUGGGGAUUCCACAACCUCCCUUGGAAGCCCAGAGCUUAACUACCCUGAAAGUUUAAAAGGUUUUCCUAAUAGCUUUCCUUGCUGCAAAUUAAGCCCGUUACUACCUGUCAGGGAGAGCAAUCGAUCAUUCUUUAUAACAGCCCUUACCAGAUUUGAAGACCAUUAUCAGGUCCUCCCUCAGUCGUCUUUUCUCAAAACUAAACAUUCCCAGUUAUUUUAAUUUUCCUCACAGAUCAGGUUUUCUAAACUUUUAGCAUUUUUGUUGCUCUCUUCUGGACUUUCUCCAAUUUGACCACAUCUUUCCUAAAUAGUGGUGUCCAGAACUGGACACAAUAUGCAGCUGGGGUCUCACCAGUGUGAAGUAGACUAGGACAAGUCUCUCCCAUGGCUUGCAUAUGACACUCCUGUUAAUACAUCCCAGAAUAAUAUUAGCCUUUUUCACAGCUGCAUCACAUAGUUGACUCAUGCAGUUUGUGAUCCACUAUAACCCCCAGAUCCUCUUCCACAGUUCUACUGCCUAACCAGUUAUUCCCCAUUUUGUUGUUGUGCGGUUGAUUUUUCCUUCCUAAGUGUAGUACUUUGCACUUGUCUUUAUUAAAUUUUAUCUUGUUACAAAUCAGAGAACUGGUCUGAAAUUAACACUCAUUUUGAAUUCUAAACCUGUUAUCCAAAGUGCUUGCAACCCCUCCCAGCUUGGUGUCAUCUGCAGAUUUUAUGAGCAUACUCUCCACUUCAUUAUCCAAGUCAUUAAUGAAAAUGUUGAAUAGUGACAGACCCCUGGGAGAACCACACUAGAUAGGUCCUUGCAGUCUGACAGCUAACCACUGAUAACUGCUCUUUGAGAACCGUCUUUCAACCCGUUGUGCACCCGCUUUAUAGUAAUUUCGCCUAGACCAGAUUUCCCUAGUUUGCAUGCAUAACACUUUCAGUCUUUUCUCCAUCAGUCCAUCCCUCCUGCUCCCUGCAGGUUUUUGUUACUCCUCUCCAAAGUCUUUCCAGUGUGUCAGUAUCACUCUUGCACCGAGAUGCCCAGCAAUGGAUGUACUAGAGGCUGUUCAUUCGCCCUCCCCCUUGCUAGGCUGAAGAGUUUCCUCCAUUGUUGCUUUAAGGCUGAAUUGGAAAUGCUAAGGGCCAUGCUGAUGGUUAAUAUUCCAGUGGCAACAUCCCCUGCAAAGCCAAUCCCAAAGAGCCCUGCAGCCAGAGCAACCUCCUUGAUUGGUGCAUGCAAAGCCCAGUUAGCUCUCCCCUCCCAAACAGGAAGCAACAAAGCCCGGCUGUUCUUGAAUUGAAUUGGAGGAAGUCUCCACACUUACGCAAAGCAAUUUGGCAGAAGCUAGAUAGCAGUGAAACAACAAGUGCUACUGCAGAGAUUAUAGAAACUGCAGAGCAUGGGAGCUGUCUCGGGGGCAGAUUUACUAAGCUUUCUGCAAAGGAUUCGUUCUUAGCUCCUGCUCUGCAGGGACACACACCUCCAAUCAGCACCCCACGCCGUUCUGACUCUGCCAUCUCCGUUCGCUCGUUACACUCUGAGUCCAACAUGUCCUUGCGCUCGACGUUCUCGCUCCACGAGGAAGAGGAGGAACCAGAGCCCUUGGUGUUUGCCGAACAGCCAUCAGUGAAACUCUGCUGCCAGUUGUGUUGUAGUGUGUUUAAAGAUCCAGUCAUCACAACCUGUGGGCACACAUUUUGCAGAAGAUGUGCCUUGACAUCUGAGAAGUGCCCAGUGGACAACGCCAAGCUGACGGUGGUUGUUAACAAUAUUGCUGUGGCCGAGCAGAUAGGGGAGUUGUUCAUUCACUGUAAAUAUGGCUGCCGGCCCGCCGCCAGCAGCAAGCCCGCUGCCUUCGAGGUGGACCCCCACGGAUGCCCCUUUACCAUUAAACUGAGCGCCCGGAAAGAUCACGAAAGCAGCUGUGAUUACAGACCAGUUCGCUGUCCCAAUAACCCCAGCUGCCCACCUCUCUUGAAAAUGAACCUGGAGGCGCAUCUCAAAGAGUGCGAACACAUAAAGUGCCCUCAUUCCAAAUACGGGUGUACGUUCAUAGGAAAUCAAGACACCUAUGAGACUCACUUGGAGAUGUGUAAGUUUGAGGGGCUGAAGGAGUUCCUGCAGCAGACAGACGACCGCUUCCAUGAGAUGCAGGUGGCAAUGGCUCAGAAGGACCAAGAAAUCGCCUUCCUGCGCUCAAUGCUGGGCAAGCUCUCAGAGAAGAUUGACCAGUUGGAGAAGAACCUGGAGCUCAAGUUUGAUGUGCUGGAUGAGAACCAAAGCAAGCUGAGCGAGGACCUGAUGGAGUUCCGCCGGGAUGCCUCCAUGCUAAACGAUGAACUGUCCCACAUCAACGCCCGCCUCAACAUGGGCAUCUUAGGAUCGUAUGAUCCUCAGCAGAUCUUCAAAUGCAAGGGGACCUUUGUCGGGCACCAAGGCCCUGUCUGGUGUCUGUGUGUUUACUCCAUAGGAGACUUGCUUUUCAGUGGCUCCUCAGACAAAACCAUUAAGGUGUGGGAUACCUGCACUACAUACAAGUGCCAAAAGACCUUGGAGGGCCACGAUGGAAUUGUCCUGGCUCUCUGCAUUCAGGGGAACAAGCUCUACAGCGGCUCUGCUGACUGCACCAUCAUUGUCUGGGAUAUUCAGACCUUGCAGAAGGUGAACACGAUCCGAGCACAUGACAAUCCUGUUUGCACUUUGGUCUCCUCACACAACAUGCUGUUCAGUGGCUCCCUUAAAGCCAUUAAGGUCUGGGACAUCGUGGGCACCGAACUCAAGCUGAAAAAGGAAUUGACAGGUCUCAAUCACUGGGUGCGAGCACUUGUGGCUUCUCAAAACUAUCUGUACAGUGGGUCUUACCAAACAAUCAAGAUCUGGGACAUCCGGAACCUGGAGUGUGUCCAUGUGCUGCAGACGUCAGGAGGCAGCGUGUACUCCAUCGCCGUGACCAACCAUCACAUUGUGUGCGGCACCUACGAGAACCUCAUCCAUGUCUGGGAUAUCGAGUCUAAGGAGCAGGUGCGCACGCUGACCGGGCACGUGGGGACGGUGUAUGCCCUGGCCGUCAUCUCCACACCGGACCAAACCAAAGUCUUCAGCGCGUCGUACGAUCGCUCUCUUAGGGUGUGGAGCAUGGACAACAUGAUUUGCACUCAGACGCUGCUGCGGCACCAGGGCAGUGUGACGGCGCUCGCGGUCUCCAGGGGCCGCCUCUUCUCUGGCGCUGUGGACAGCACUGUUAAGGUCUGGACGUGCUAACGGCACGGAUCCUGCACCCCGAGCUACCAAAAUCUCCUUCUCCUCUGCUGGCCUGUUGGAUGACCGACACCGCUCUGACAUAGCUGCUGCUGCCCCGCUGCUCACCAGCACCACCUGCUGCCUUCCAUCGGCCACAGAACUGCGCCCUCAGCAUUGCUAGUCCCUCCGACCUGCCGUCGCCCAGGGACGCCCCAGAAAUCAGCCAUGUCCCACGUAUUUAAUGGGAGAUCUGGCCUGCUGCCAGUGCCGGUGGGUCACUGCGGUUCUCUGCACUGCACACAGCACGGGGCAGGGGUUUGUGAGCAUAGUGUCACCACAGCAGAGCCUGACCCAGGCUGGCUGGGCCGUUCGGGCCAAGCACGGUGCAGUUGGCGUGGGAUGCCAGGCGGCAGUGGGACAGCACAACUCAGCUGGUCACAGCAGAGCCUGUCGAGGAAGCAAAGAACCAGGAGCGAGGUCGCUUUGCAAACAGGAGAACGGAGCUUCAGCCUUGCCCUCUGCUCGGGUUCGCACGGGCCCCUCCCUGUCUCUCUUGUAUUUAAUUGGACUGCCCAGACGAUAGUGAGCUGUUGUUUGGCCUUUGAAGAGGAAUCUUCCUUGUGUAGCCAGGUACGAUUUUUACACCACAAGCUAGUUCUCUGAUCAAGUAACACAAGCGCAUUGGUUCACCCUCCCUGUAAUUACAGUCUCCACAUUAAAGAGAAAAAGCCUCUGUUGCAUUUUUACUCACGUUUUCUACGGUUUUUAAGAUUGUAAUAUAAUUGGAUUAUUUCUUCAUUGACAAUAAAAGUGGAAAGUUG